GUGGCACAUGCAGUGAAGUGAAGCACGUUGUUGGACUAGAGACAGGCAAAUAAGUACUGUUAACUAAUUAAUGUUGGAUUUUGUCAGUAAUUAAUUCCGUUAAAUGGGUCGAGUCCGUAAUUCGGGAAGUAGUGGGGCCGGUCAUCGCGCCGGACCACUCAAACAAGCCAACAAGAAGCAUAAAACUGGACGGCAUCGGAGUAAAGGCACUCUCGACACGGAAACGAGAGGUCGUGUUCCAAGCAUGGAUUCUAUUUCCAAAAGGUCUAAGGGAAUGACUAGCCGGGCGGAAAGGAAGAAACAGGCAGCUGUCGAAAGAAUGAAGAAGAUGGCAGAGACUGUAGAAAAGAAGAAGGCGGUGGGUGGGAUGCGAGGAGCUCCAAUUUGUGUUGCCCUCAUCCCCCUCUCUGCAACUACGAAUGUUGACUUCAUGCUCAAGUUUAUUCUCUCAAACGUGAAAGGAUUUGGGACCGUGGUAGGACAAUCGGCCGAAGGUGCAGCGACACAUGUCAAGUUAUCAAAUGGAAAGAACAUCAUGUUGGUGAAGCCUCCAUCCAAUGAUAUCUGGGCAGUGUUGGACACUCUAAAACAGAGUGACAUUUCCCUGUUUUUGAUGCCAAUCUUAGAUGAAAUUUCCCCCGAGGGGUUGACACUCUUGAAAACUGCGAAAGAACAAGGUCUACCAACCCCAUUUCUCGCCGUUAGUUCUUCAUUUACCAAGCAGGAGGAGAGAUCAUUUCUAAAAUCCAUCCAGAAGCUUGUCCCAACCGAUAAGAUUUUUCCACUUUUGAAUCCUGGACAGAUUUCAAAUCUAUUGAGAAUGAUUUCUGUCUCCAAGUUAACUAUCCCUCGACCGUGGGGGUUGAGAUCGUCUCUUUUCAUUGAGAACUGUGUCCCAUACCACGCCAUUGACCAGGCCGUACUGCAUCCAAACUAUGUCGCCGCAGCUCCAGAGGAUGGCCAUUUGAAUCUACUCCAAGUCACUGGAGUUAUCCGACGCAAGAAUUUGAACCCGUACAAACCCGUUCUCAUUUCUGGAGGUGGAGCCUUUCAAAUUUUGCGAGUUGAUGUAACUCCGAUGAAAAUUCCGACAGAGUUCAUUUCUGCCGAGCAGUUGGAACACGAUGGGGGUGAAGUAGCAGCAAGUGGUCUUCCUCCUAGAUUUUUUUACGAUCCGUUAGCUGUGCCGCAAGAGGAAGUUGAUACGGUUGAGAAUAAUGAUGACGAGAUGCGAGACGAUGACAUGUCAGAUAUCGACGCCUUGAGCGACAACGACUAUCCAUCAGAAGAUGAUGACGAUGACGACGACGAUGAUGAUGAAGACGAUUCUCAAAGUCAAAUGUCAAUGGACGUGGAAAGUGAAAGUGGUGCUGGUGUUGGAACAAGCAAGAAAAAGAAGAAGAAGGCACAAACCAAGCAGGGGUUGCCCAAAGGAACUUCCGAAUACCAGGCCGACUGGUUAGUCAAUUCGGAUGGAGAGGCCGACCAGGAUAUCAUAGGGUCAGAUGAGGAACUAGAGAAUGAUGAGGAAGAAAGUGAAGGCGACGACUAUGACGAUAACCAAGAAAUGGAUUGGGAGGAAGAGAAACGACAAGUACAGAUUAGGAAAGAUGCGAAAACAGAGGCUGAAUUUCCGGAUUGGGUCGACACACCUUUGGAGACUUUAGCUAAAGUCAGAUUUCAAAAGUAUCGAGGACUUCAGUCGUUCAAAAAUUCAAGUUGGGAUGUGAAUGAAAAUUUGCCCAAAGAAUAUGGAAAGAUUGUUCAAUUUCAAAACUAUAAGCACGUCUACAAAGUUGUAUUGGGAAAAAAGGUGGCGGAUGAUGGACCAGGCUACAUCCCGAUUGGCCAACGAGUUACCAUUAUUUUGAAACCACUGGAUGAACACAGUUCGAAAAUGGUUGGCACGAUAGGCUCUUCAAAACCGGUAUCUCUGGUAUCUCUACUCCGCCAUGAAAUGAAGAUGUCGGUGCUCAACUUUCAACUAAAUCUUAGCGACGUGUUAAAGAACAAAGAGGAGCUCAUAUUUCAAGUGGGUUAUCAACGCUUCUCCGCAAAACCCGUGUUGAGUGAGGUUUCACCAGGAAAUAAACACAGAAUGAUCCGCUACGGACAAGUUAACCAAAGUUGUAUGGCCACUGUAUUUGCUCCCAUCGUGUUUCCUCCUGCUUCUGUUAUUGUAUUCAAAAUGGCCAAAGGAGAAUUGAUCCCUGUUGCAAACGGUCACUUAUUUUCCGUCGACCCAGCUCGUCUCGUUAUUAAGCGUGUUCUCCUGAGUGGUCAUCCCUUCAAAGUUUCAAACAAGAAUGCCGUUGUUCGAUUCAUGUUCUUCAACAGGGAAGAUAUCGACUGGUUUAAACCAGUGGAGCUGAAGACACGCUACGGUCGUCGGGGUCAUAUUAAAGAACCGCUGGGAACACAUGGUCACAUGAAGUGCAGUUUCGAUGGACAAAUGAAAUCUCAGGACACUGUUCUCAUGCCUUUGUACAAGCGUGUCUUCCCCAAGUGGAACUAUGAACCCUUCGUCCCAGCCUUCACAAUUUUUGAUUCGUAUCAAAAAUCAUAACGCAAUUUAGAUUAUAUUUAAAAUAAUUAUAGUUUAAUAUUAUUUACAUAAUCUACAUCGUUAUUUGAAAAACAUUGCAAAUGUUUUGAACCGUGUGCGCACUGAUUUUGUGUAACUUACAAAAUAAACGUAUAUUUAGAAAACCA